GCCGCCUUUAUUAAUCUGUAACUUUGCUGGAGAAGUCAUCUCACGCCUUUAACUCUCAACCACUAGCACAGAUCUCAACCUUGUCUUCUCUCUGCACAAAGCUCUCUAAACGAUUAGUCACACCCAUCAUUCAAGUAGAUUUGCAAAUCUCACAGGCAUACCAUUUAGGUCUUCUGUAUCUUCAUCCAAACUCACCUUUUUUCUAUAAAAUGGCCCCAAUCCGUGCUCGUAAAAGCCACAAGCGAUUGAAGAAGACCACCACAGAGAAGGUUGGGGCAAACGUUGUGAGGUGCGGAAGAUGGGUUCUCCGACAGACAAAAAUUCGAAAAGCUAGAGCCCAAAUUUUUUCUCCAAAGACGCCUCCAAGACAAGUUCCAAGUAAAGUUUCAGUCGAGAAGAAGAAGCAUUCAUCUUCUCCCGUCCCUUCAGAACAGUCUUGCACCGGCGAGAAUAGCAUACCAGUGCCUACAGUUUUGUUGCAAAACUUAGGUUGUACUCGUAAAGAAUCCACUGGUAUGUCGUCAUCACAUGGUGCAUCAUGGCAAUACCAAUACGAGCAGGGAAGUAGUAGUAGUGAUGGUGAUGACAUGAUCAUAAUGGAAAUGCUUUCGUCUUCGGACGACGAAAGGCAACCACAACGCAACGCCCCCUUCACUGGGCAAGAAUAUGUAACACAUUUAUUGAAUGGGCAUCAAGAUACCAUACAAGAUGUCUUGCGUGUAGAUGCCCCAACAUUUAGGUCAUUGGUUGCGGAGUUGGUACUUAGAGGUAACCUUAAUUGGGAUCAUAUGCAUUUAUCUAUGGAAGAGUCAUUGGCCAUAUUCUUAUACAUUUGCGGGCAAAGUGGAAGGCAUAGAACUGUUGCAGAUCGUUUUCAACAUUCCACAGACACCAUAUGUCGACACUUCAAGUACAUGAGGCAUGCCCUUUGUACGUUAGCUCAAUUCAUAAUUCGACCACUUGAUUUGAAUGUUACCCAUCUUGAAAUUAUCAAUGAUCAAAGAUUCUAUCCUUGGUUUAAGGUAAUUAUACAGUCCAAUAGUACUUAA